AUGAUCGGGACGAUUAAUUGAUAAUCUUUUGGGUAAAAUAUGUUGUCAAAGAUUUUAUAAUCUAAAAGUGUGAGAUUGGGGAUGAUAAAUGGAAUUUUCCAGGAGAAACUCACAAUUUUACAUUUAUUUUGACAGCUGUCAUAAAGGUUGAUAAGUCUUGCGGGGGUGGCCAGUGGAAACCAGCAGUGAUUAUGUGAGUGGGGAGAUAGUGUAUGUACAAAUAAUUUGUUUGUGUAUGUGCAUAGAUAAAACAAUGGAAUGGUCGGCCGAAUGGAAUCGAGUUUAGUUGUUGCGUAGACGACGGGGCAAAUGGGUGCAACACAACGUGAUCGUCGGCGAUUUCGUGUGCAGCGUUUUUGAUUUUGAAAUCGCGGGGCGCCGGGACGAUCUAGCACUUCGCGAUGCUGUGAACAGAAGCAGGAUACAACUCCAGCACUCAAGUAUCCCAAAAUUCGGAAGUCGUUGAUCCAGGAAGAGAGGUGAGGAGGAGGAAUAAUAAGAAGAGUAAAAUAAAAACAAACAAACAAAAGAGUAGAGAAGAGGGAGAGAUAUAGUAUAGUAAUAAUAGAAAAACAAAUAAGCAGCAAAGUUGAAUUAACUCUAUCAAGAAAGUUGUGAUCGAAUUGCGGAAAAGCCCAAAGUAGGAGGAGCCCCGACACCUAUGGCCGGAUUCAGCUGGUAUCAAAAUAAUGGCAGAGAUUCCGUCGAGCAUUUUGUCGGAAAUGGUCGUGUGCCUCUGUACUCCUUGGCCGACGUCCAGCUGCGGUUCCUGUGUCCGAACGAUCUCGAUGAGGUGCGGGCACUCUGUCAGGAUUGGUUCCCCAUAGAGUACCCGCUCUCGUGGUACGAAGAAAUCACGUCCAGCACCAGUAGGUUUUACGCGCUGGCCGCCGUCUACAAUCAUGUAAUCAUCGGACUGAUCGUCGCCGAAAUCAAACCCUAUGCCUCUCUGAAUACUGAGGACACAGGGAUACUGGCCAAGUCGUUCAUCAAGUCAUGCGACGUCGGUUACAUCCUAUCGUUGGGCGUGGACAAGGAGUAUCGAAGAAAUGGGAUCGCCUCUUUGUUGCUGGAUUCGCUGAUUAAGUAUCUGACAACCAACGAGAAGAAGCGCAUCAAGGCUGUAUUCCUGCAUGUGUUGACUACAAACUCGGCAGCCAUCAUGUUCUACGAGAGUCGAAAAUUCAAACUGCACUGUUUCUUGCCAUACUAUUACUCGAUCAAGGGGAGAUGCAAGGACGGCUUCACGUACGUGCUCUACAUAAACGGCGGCCAUCCCCCGUGGACCUUCGUUGAUUACGUGAAAUUCGUGUGCAAGACGGUGGUCAGGGGCGGCGGCAUAUUCCCCUGGAUCCUGAACUCUUUCAGCAGAUUCUUUUACUGGUCCGUCGCCAACGAGGAACAGGAACACUCGGAGCAUUGAAAGACCGGCGGCGGCUGUCCAACACGAAUGCACACACCUCUACUAGUCCGGGCUAAAAGACAAACAAUCAGCGAAAUCAUGGCAACUCUACGAGAUAUCUGUAAGCCUUACCUCCUCCUACAAACUCCCCUAAAGCAAAGAGAACAACAACAAAACAAAA